AUGAUUGGGGAUCAAAGAGCAGCCAAGGGACCACCCCACAGCAGCACUAGAGGAGAAAACAGCUCAGAUUUGGUCAGGCACUUCCUCAUUGAGUCAUCGGCCAAAGGAGUCCGAAUCAAAGGGUCUUCCCAGGAACCCUACUUUGGGAGUCUGCCAGCCUUAGUUUACCAGCACACAAUCUCAGCCUGUGCCCUCCCAUGCAGACUGCUGCUCUCCUCUCAUGAGCUGAGUGCAGCAGAGAACAACAAGUCAAAAACAGAGGACAAGAAGAAAACAGCCUCCAACUUUGUGUAUCUAAACGCUGUGCCCACGGAGAUGCUAACCGGCCCAUGCGCGGUCCAAAAGGCAGUGACUAUGACGUUCGAGAAGGCCUCUGGCUCCUUUACACCCGCCAUUGUCAACAUGAAGGUCUCCCCCAAAGGCGUUACGCUCACAGACAUCAACAGGAAGCUUUUUUUCAGACGCCAUUAUCCCAUCCACCUUCUAAGCUACAGCGGGGCCGAUCCGGACGCUCGACGGUGGAAGAGAGGCACAGAUUUUGGGGCAAAGAUGUUUGGGUUUGUGGCCAAAGGUGUUGAGGCUGGAGUGGAAAAUGUGUGCCAUGUUUUUGCAGAGUACGACCCCCUGCAGCCCUGCGACAAGAUCGUCUCGUUUAUUCAAGAUACAAUCACUAAAAAAUAG